AUGAAAUUUCUGGACUCUGAUCAGGAGUACAAAAAGAAAAUUCCUGCGGAAAUUCCCGCUGAAAUUCCAGCGUAUUUAUUAUUAUUAUUAUUAUUAUCAAUAUUAUUGUCAUUGCUAUCAGUAUUAUUAUUAUUAUUAUUAUUAUUAUUAUUAUUAUUACUAUUAUUAUUAUUAUUAUUACUAUUAUUAAUAUUAUCAUUAUUAUUAUUAUUAUUAUUAUUAUUAUUAUUAUUAUUAUUUAUUAUCAUUAUUAUCAUCAUUAUUAUUGCUACCUACUAA